UUGCGUCUUGCUGUACAAUAUCUUCAUCAGUAUCUUCCAUUCCUGAUACUCCCAAGUUAUAUAUCGGAUCCUUCUGCGCUCGUAUAUACUGGCGUUUAAAUGCAUCUACCACUCAGUUCGCAUUCCUGCGCUGAAGGAAUAGAUACAAAUUUCCCCACUGGAUCAAUCCCUUCAGAAUUUAGUCCCGCAACGGCGUUCAAUUCAUCUAGUGGCUUGAAUGCGAUAAGUCCUGGCGGAGACGAAGACCUACUUAUUCGUGCCUGCUGGCGCGAAACAUCCUGCUCCGCAUGUCUGCGUGUGAAGAUAGACGGAGCUACCAGCGCAGAGCUUGGGGACGAGAAUCCUAGCUUGAGAGCAUCCACCCAACAUAGAGCAAAGGGUAGAUGUAGCUGGUGCCCAAUUGUAUGUGUCUCAUCUACUGUUCUCUUUCUGUUCAUCCGCAAUACAUUCAUCUUGAAAAUCUUGAAAUGUGUGAUCCCCAGGACCUGUUUGGGUGGCGGGCUAAUUAAGAGGCAGUCUUCAACAUGUGUUCCGAACACCCAUGCCAUUCCAUUGCUUGCAAUUGGAACAUGUCCACUCUCGACUGAGCGAUGGGAAAUGCGCGCACGAGGGACUGGCUGUGGCAUUUCGAGCGUAACGGCCGUAAGCACCGUCGUUUCUUUCUUUGUAGCGCUUGCGAUAGUAUUUCUGGUUUGGUUUACUAUGUGGACUUGGCGGAAGUGCUGUCGACCAGGAGGUCGAUUGCAUGGUAUAUUUCGAAAUGGACGUUGGAAAAGGUCCUGCAAAUUUGGUUGGCCAAGGGCGCAUGAACGAUCCUGGGAGUGGAUUUGGAGGAGGUCAAAAGCUACGGAUGGAACCACAAGUGACGAGAGAAGGGAGGCUAUAAAUGAAGAGACAGGAUUACUGAGCAGUGAGUAGCUCAAAGGAUCUCCCAGGCUCAAUAGUCAUAAAUAUUCCAUGGGGUCGAAAAUGAUUUAAGGCUUUGUAUAUAUCUGUGGUGAGUGGGGGAAGCGGCCGAUCACUGUCGCUCU